UAAGUCACGUCUCCUGUCACCAUGUCUUACAACUGCUCUUCUGGAAAAUUCUCCUCCCGCUGCUUUGGAGGCUGCCUGCAGUACCCAGUCUCCUCCUGUGGCUCUUCCUUCCCCAGCAACCUGUUCUAUCGCACUAACCUCUGCUCUCCCAGCACCUGCCAGCUGGGAUCCUCUCUCUACAGUGGCUGUCAGGAGACCUGCUGUGAGCCCACCAGCUGCCAGACGUCCUGUGUGGUGUCCAGCCCCUGCCAGACGUCCUGCUUCCGCCCGAGGUUCUCCAUGUUCAGCGGUCCCUGCCAGACGAUUUCUGAUGGGUGUCUGGACUUUGGGUCCAGGGGCUUUCAAUCUUUUGGUUGUGGCUCCCCGUCCCUGCGCUUUGGAUCCAGUGGCUUCCAAUCAGUAGGUUGUGGUCCCAAUGCUUUCUCAUCCCUAAAUUACAGAUCUAACUUUUUCCGCCCAACCUACUUCUCUUCUAGAAGCUGCCAGUCUACUUCUUAUCAACCAGCCUGUGGAUCUUUAUCAGCAGAAAUGCGUGUACUUCAUUCUCAGGCAAUUCUUGCUGCUGUUGAGACAAGUCUGCACAUGUAA